UCUCCCCCAACUGUUUCUUCUCCAGUUCAACAACCUUCUCCACCACCACAAGUCCAGGAUUUGCCGUCACAGUCACCUGAACCAGUACCAUCACCGUCUCCCAUAACUUCUCCACCACCACCGUCUCCCAUUCCAGCAGCACAGUCACCUCCUACAGCAGCAGCACAGUCACCUCCUCUAGCAGCAGCACAGUCACCUCCCCUAGCAGCAGCACAGUCACCUCCCCCCGCUGCUCCACAGUCACCUCCCCCCGCAGCUCCACAGUCACCUCCCCCCGCUGCUCCACAGGCACCCGCUCCCUCUGCUCCAGCUGCACAACCUUUGCCUCAACGAAGAAGACCAGGAAAUCCUGGCAGACGCAGCACAAGAUUGGCCAUGCUGUCAGAAGCGAGUUUAGCUUUUCUGAAGGUGGAACCAUACAUCGACCGUCUGAGAAUGAGGCCUCUCAUGCCAAGCCGCUACACAGCUUAAAGUCAUCAUGGUUCUUUUUAAACAUUUAAAAGCUCCUCCUCCUCAUCUAAAGUCUUUAAGUGGUGGUGAAUAAAAUAAGUUCAGUCUCCAGCUUUUUUCAUCCAAUAUUUUUCCUACCUGUCAUCUUAGAGUGUCGCAAAGAAUCCUAUCGUGAAGACGAUCGGGACGUUCCCGAAGACGAUCGUCUUUUACUCAUCAGUAGACUUCGUCAUCUACUCAUU